AUGCUGCGGCUUGUGCAUUCCUUUAGCCAGCAUAUGCAUAAACCACCAGUCAAUUUUCCCAUCUCUCCAUUCCAUUUUUCUAGCCUUUUUCCCCUUUUUCGUAACACUCCCAACUCCAAGAACUCCUGCGCUCCCCUGUCCGUCAACUGGAAUUUCCGUCCCGACCCCUGCCCCAAGCCUCUCUUCUGGAAUUUCUAUCACGAACAACAUUUGUACAACCUGCCCGAUGCUGACGUCAAAGCUGAAGACCCAUCAUCAUGCAACGUCGUGAAGCUCCUCUGCAGCUUUGGCGGCAAGCUCAUCCCCCGUGGCCAUGACGACAGAAACCUGCACUAUGUUGGCGGACAAAGAAAGAUUAUUGCCGUCCCCCAUGAUAUCACAUUUCAGGAAUUUUAUUGCAAGAUGGAGAAAAUCUAUGGAGGCCCUGUUCGCAUUUGCUAUCAGCUUCCUGGUCAAAAUUUAGACAUACUUGUCUCAAUUCACACUGCUGAGGAUUUGGAGCACAUGAUGGACGAAUUUGACUCUCUCUCAAAAAACUCCAAUCAUAAAUCUGCAAAGCUUCGAAUUUUUCUCCUCCCCCCAUUCGACCCGGAGCCCCCUUCUGCUACUGGGUUAGACAACAUGGCUUCUAACGUUAGCAGGCCGAGUUAUAUCGACACAACCAAUGAAACACUCGCUUUUGAUACAAACACCCGCAAAAGGCUUUCGAAAGACAACAAUAAACACGCUGCCGCCACAAGAAACUCAAAUUUUAGGGGCGAAGUAGUCAUCAAUGAUGCAUGGAAGAAUCAAAAUUUUCGAAUUCGUUCGAAUGUUGUUGGCACAAGAAAUGUAGCCACGCAAACUGAAGAAGACAUAAAAAGGCCUCACUUGCAUCAACAACAACAACAAGGUGAUUCAACCUCGCUCUUCAGUGAUCAAGACCCAUGGAAAAUCUUUGGGUUUCAGCUUUCAAACUUAUAAAGCAACCUACUUAUAAUAUAUUAAGAUCUAAGAUGUAGCUUUAUAUAUAAUAUAAUUAGUGCUUUAGUUAUCUAUAAACUAUGCAUAUUUAUCUUUUUCUUAGCCCAACGGAUUAGUUAU